AUGCCCCUCCACGGUGCCGUGCCUCGCGCCCUUGAUGCCCACCAGGGCCCUCAGCUUCUCCGGAGUGAAGCCCGCCGCGUCGUGCGCGCAACCGCGCGAGUCCGAGACGCUGAUCACCUUCGCCCCCAGCUGGAGGCACUUCGCGAUGGCGUACUGCGCCACAUUGCCGGCCCCCGACACGAGCACUGUCUUCCCCUGCAGCUCCUGCUGAUGCCGCUUCAGGACGGCCUCCAGGAAGUAGACAACGCCGUAGCCCGUGGCCUCGGGGCGCAUCAGGCUCCCUUGGAACGCAAUGCCC